CUAGAGAAUCUUCCACUUUCCGAUGCAGGGGGAAACUGCGAGUCUAAAAAUCUCCCAUGCAGGCAAGGAUGGAACAAUGGAAGCUUUAAUGAAGAAAUUGGUGUCAUCCCUGCAAUUAAUGACAUCGAUACUUUGUACUAGCUAAUUUUCUUCCCCUUUGAUCAAGUUGCUCGAUUUAUGCAAAUCUCACCAGCCAUUGUCCAUUGUCUCUUCCCCGCGAAGUUCAUGUGGAGUUGUCUCAUCUUGCUGUGAAACUGACGAUUCAUCUUGAGAUUGCCGAUUCGAAGCGAUUUAUCCUUAUUCUCUCUUUCCGUAGUCUCGGGUCCUCGGUCUUAGAGACAGUGGAGGCUUGAGGAACGUUGGUCUAGUGAAUAAAUUUGGUUGGAAGGAUCGCUAAAUCCCAGUCCACGCAUGCUGCAACUGCACAGGGGAAACAUCCUAUCAUAUGGCACAUGAGCAACUAAUUCGACUGUUCAUAUUUCCAUUUACCAAAGGAGCUACUCACCACACUUCUUCCUAGACAAUUCUAGCAAAAUACGUUUAGGGAAGGAAACGAAAAGACGACUAAAGCCCUCUAUAAGAGAAGAGAAGGAAAAAUAUAGGAGCCAAGAUGGACGAACUCCCCAUCGAGCUCAACGUCAUCACGCUAAAUUGCUGGGGUCUUUUACACUUGAGCCAGCACCGCGCCGAGCGUCUGACCGCCAUCGGCCGCGAACUCGCCGCCGCCGACCCAGCACCACACAUCGUCGCGCUGCAAGAAUGCUGGACGCAAGAGGACUACCGGACCAUCCGGCGCGAAACCCGCUUCGUGCUGCCCUUCGGCAAGUUCUACCAUAGCGGUGUAUUCGGCGGCGGCCUCGCCAUACUGUCUAGAUGGCCCAUCGAGGAGAGUAGUAUGGUCCGGUACCCUCUUAACGGCCGACCGACCGCGUUUUAUAGGGGCGACUGGUUCGUCGGCAAGGGCGUGGCGUGCGCGCGGAUCCGGUACGGCCCGGGGGACCGCGAUAUUGUGGAAGUUUUCAACACACAUACUCAUGCUAUAUACGAACACCCACCCGAUAAAACCGACAGCUACGUGGUCCAGCGACUUUCGCAGUCCUGGGAAAUGGCCAAACUAGUCCGCGGUGCCGCCGAGAGAGGGCACCUAGCCAUAGCGCUGGGUGAUUUUAACGACGUGCCGCUGUCGCUAUCAUAUCGCAUGUUAACAGCUCACGCCCCGAUAAGAGAUGUGUGGAGAGUAUUAAACCCGGACUCGUCUCUCGGCUCCGCCAUCCACGAGCUCGAGCGCUCGCGGCGGCGACCCAUACCCUCUGCUGCCUUCAACCUGGCCGAAAAUGGCGUUACGAGCAACAGUGUGUACAACACGUGGAGGUGGUCCAAGUCCGAUCAACGGGCGCUGCGCUCGGGCAAGGACUCCAUGAUCGUGCCGCCGGACACGCCAGAUCCGCGAGGCAAGCGGAUCGACUACAUAUUCUUCUCGCCGCAAGUCUGCUCGACGACAAAUCCACAUUUUAGAGAACUUAACCAGGCACGCACGAGCCAUGAUGUCGGCGAACGCAGCACCAGGACCAGGGGCUGGGUCGUCAAGGACGCGCGUGUAGGCAUGCUCACGCGGCACCCGGACCUCGGCUGCUCCCUCAGCGAUCACUUCUCCGUCGAAGCCACUCUCCUGCUCCACACAUCCGACACCUCCCUCGCCACCACAUCCCCCAGCCGCCCACCCUCCUCCCCUCCAUCCCCGCCCCCAAAACGGCCCUCUAGCUCAGACUCGCACCUCGCCGCCACGAAGGCGGGGACCAACCACCACGCGCGCUCGCUCCUGGCCCUCGAGCACGGCACCUACCUCUCCUCGCCCACGGGCUCCGAAGUCCGCGUCGCCUCGCGCCUCGAGCUAGACCAGUCCUACGACGCGCAGCUGCGCGACAGCGCCCGCGCGCUGCCGACCCUGCGCGGCGAGGGCCUGCCCUGCACCCUGUACGAUGACGUAUUAUCCCUGAUCCACGCCUACGACGCGCGCGAGCGCUCGCAGCGGCGCUGGCGCAUCCUGCAUUUUUUCCUCUGGCUCUGCGUCGUCGUCGCCUGCUACGUGGCCGUCUGGUUCGUGAAGCCGUGGCCCGGCGUCGCCUUCGCGUUCCUCGUCCUUAGUAGCCUCGGCUUCGCGCUCGGCCUCUUAGACGGCCUUAUGGGCUUGUUGUUUUUUGGGUCAGAGAUCCGCGCCCUCAAGGAGUUCGAGUGGGAGAUCCGCAACGCGAAGGCUACCGCUAGCGGGGCGCAUGGGCUGAGGGACGAGGAGGGGUGUGGUGCUUCUACUGUUGCUGGCGGGGAGGAGGUGGGGGAGAAGGUUUGGUGAUUGAUUGAUUGGUUGAUUAGUUAUUUAAUUAAUUGGCGAGGCUGUGUGUGUGUUUACGUUUAUGUUUGCGUAUACGUAUGAUCUCGCUAUUUUCGAUCUACCUACCUACCUACCUACCUACCAACCAAGUAGGUAUAUUUCUAAGGACAGAAAUUUUGGAAGGAGCGAAAUAAUGGACAUACCGACUUACUUUUUCCUGGGACGAGGGAAACGCUUGUUUAUAAUGCACGGAACGAUUAAAAAGGAUAGGGGCGAUACGAGUCGUGUUGGAAAGGCGAUUACAUACUUAGGUUAUGAAUUUGUAAUGAUACCACGAGGACGAUACAGGUUCCAUCCAUAUAGGGAUACUGUUCUAAUACUAAUUUUUCUCUCCCGUCUGACUGGAAUUUUUCCAGCGAUCCCUAUUUUCAUCCUCUUGCUACUCUCAUACCAAUUUGUUAAUCAUGAGCGAGUUCCCUUCCCACCAAAGCGUACCUAAGUCUUCGCCCCGAAGCCACCACUGUCAGCCCGCCGCACGGGCGUGGUACCAAGCCCGAUAGGAAGCCAGCUCAGCACUUUCGUUCGACUUCCCAUUCCUUUUUCCAUCUUCUCUACCAUCCC